AUUGCAAAAUGACAAUUACAACACUAAUAAUCAUGGUGAUAUUUUUUCUAAUAUGGCCACUGAAUUUCUUUGUCGUCCUGGCCAGGCCACUUGAAGAACCGCUAACGGUGGAGGGUCGGGUUUACUGCGACAUAUGUCGCGCUGGCUUCGAGACUCCCUUCACAACUAGAUACAUCGCAGGUGCGAGAGUGAGGAUAGAAUGCAGAGACAGGACCAGUCAAGAAAUUGUUUAUAGCAUCGGAGGAACAACUGAUUCGACCGGGACCUACAAGAUCGACAUUGAUGAAGAUCAUGAAGACCAAAUAUGUGAAGUGACACUUGUAAGCAGCCCGAGGAGGGAUUGUGCGGAAGCAGAUCCAGGGCGAGAUCGAACGCGUGUGAUUCUCACCCGUCACAAUGGGAUGGCUUCAACUAGACGUUUCGCCAAUGCAAUGGGAUUCCUUAGAUAUGAGUCAUUAGCCGGUUGUCGACGAGUCAUGAGUCAAUAUCUUGAGCUUCAAGAUUAAUCAAUUCUCUAUUAACCUUUCUAUUUUGCGAGUUCCCUAAUAUUUGCAAGUUUGAACAAGUUGAUGCUUGUUUGAUGUGGAAUGAAUUGAUUUGGAACAUUAUUAAAAACAUCAACCUAACCAAAUUAAUAAUAAAUUACUAAAUUGAGUCAUUC